UUUGUACACAGUGAAGAGAAGAUUGAACAAAAUGAAAUGUUUUGUCAUAAAUCUGAGCUUUACAGUUUUUAAUUUGUGUGAAAAACAAACAGCUUGUAUCUUACUGCUUGUGUCUUACUAGAAUACAUCCAGUAUGUCAAGUAACACAUAUUUUGAUGAUGAACCAAAUGUGACCUUCAUUCGGAACAGCUUUGAAGAAAAUUUUGAAAAAUUUCCUUUUGGUGUGGAAGUACUGGCAAUUUAUGAUGGAGAUGAACAUCAGAAAUUUAUGGAGCGCCUUGACGCUCGCAUCAAGAAUCAUGACAAAGACAUAGAACGAAUGUGCAACUACCAUUACCAGGGUUUCAUUGAUUCAAUUCGUGAAUUGUUACAAGUACGGUCACAAGCAAAGAAGCUACAUAGUGAAGUUGAGCAAUUGGACAAAGACCUCCAAGAAUCAGCAAAGAAUAUAGUUGAGAAAGGAGAAGAACUAGUGAAAGCUAGGAAAGUUGAAAGUAACAUUGCGGCAGCCAUAGAAAAUCUCUCUCUGUGCCUGCCUGUUUUAAGUGCAUAUUCAGAACUCCAAAAGAAAAUGAAGGAGAAGAGAUAUUACCCUGCAUUAAAAACGCUGGAGCAAUUAGAGCAUCUUUAUCUUCCCCAAGUGGCUAACUAUCGUUUCUCUCACCAGAUGCGUGAAAAUAUACCUGUGUUGAGGGAGAAUAUCAAGGAAGCUUCCAUGUCAGACCUGAAAGACUUUUUGGAGAACAUCAGAAAGUUUUCUCCAAAGAUAGGAGAAGUGGCAAUGAAGCAUACAGCUGAACAAAUGGGCAGUGAUCCAGGCAUUGUGGGAAGGAAGAAACGCAAAGCACCAGCACCUCCAAAUCCCUUCACAGGUGAAGUAGAUUAUGAACCACCAGCAGAAAGCAGUUAUGAUGCAGAAGAGGACCUCAGUGCACAGGACCUUAUAGAUUUCUCACCUGUGUAUCGCUGCCUGCAUAUCUACACAGUCUUAGGAUCACGUGAUACCUUUGAGACAUACUAUCGUAAACAGCGGAAGAAGCAAGCACGACUUGUUCUUCAGCCUCCAACUAACAUGCAUGAAACACUUGCCGGAUAUCGGGCAUACAUCCAUGGAAUUGUUGGAUUCUUCGUUGUAGAGGAUCAUGUUUUGAACACAGGGAAUGGUCUUGUGAAUCGAACAUACCUGGAUGAGGUUUGGAAUAUGGCUCGAUCAAAGAUAAUCAAUACUCUGAAAACUCAUUCAGCCUACUGCACUGAUGCUGCUCUGAUGCUGAAAAUAAAGAACCUGAUUAUGCUUUUCAGCACCACUCUGAGGAAUUAUGGAUAUUCUGUGAAUCAGUUGUUUGAUCUAUUACAUGAAAUUAGAGAUCACUACAAUGAAGUUUUAAUGCAGCGUUGGGUUCAAGUUUUCAGAGAAAUUCUCGAUGAAGAAAGUUUCCUGCCUAUUAAGGUGACAUCUCAGGAAGAAUAUGACAGUGUCACAGAUUCAUUUCCAUUUUAUGAUCAAAACCUUCAACAAGCAGAUUUUCCUAAAAGGUUUCCGUUCUCAUCCAUGGUACCUAAGGUAUAUCAGCAAGUGAAAGAAUUUAUCUAUGCAUGUCUGAAGUUUUCGGAAGAUCUCAAUUUGAGCCAGGCAGAAGUGAAUGAUAUGAUCCGGAAAUCAACAAACCUCCUCCUCACACGGUCGUUCAGUGGCUGUUUAUCAUCACUCUUCCGGAAACCAAGUCUUGCCCUUCUCCAGGUGAUUCAGAUAAUUAUUGAUACAGGCUAUCUUGAAGAGGCAACUGUUUAUUUGGAGGAAUUUGUCUCUAAUAUUACAGGAUGUGGAAAAGAAGCACAUCUUAGUACUCGCGCUUCUCAAGGCACACAAGGGCAGGCAACUAUGUUCCGUGUUGCACGUGAUGAUGCCGAACGACAGAUAUGUGAAAAACUGAAGCAGAAGCUGGAUGAAUUUCUGGAGCUAGAGAAUUAUGAUUGGAUGUUAGUGGAGCCCCGUGGUCAUGCUUCUAGCUUCAUCACUGAUCUGAUUGCCUUUCUAAACAGUAUUUUCCAAUCCUUCACUAAUCUGCCUCCAGAAGUGGCACAAGUGGCUUGCAAGUCUGCGUGCGAGCACAUAGCGAAAUCCAUUAUGGCUUUUAUGCUGAGUGAUGAUGUCAAGCAGAUAUCAAUGGGUGCACUGCAACAAAUAAACUUGGAUACAAUACAGUGUGAACAAUUUGCAGCAUCAGAACCUGUUCCUGGUCUGGAAGAGGGUGCUCUACUGCAGUACUUUGGAGAUUUACGGCAACUUCUUGAUCUCUUUAUGUCAUGGGAUUGGCCUACAUACUUUCAUGACUAUGGUCAAGAGAACAGCAAAUAUCAACGCGUCAGUCCAAACACAGCCGUACUUUUGCUUGAGAAGUUGCGUGAGGCAGACAAGAAGAAUGUAUUUUCUGUCCUGAAAAAAAGUGAACGGGACAAGAAGAAACUUUUGGAAACUGUCCUGCGUCAACUGAGGCAGUUGGCACAAACAACAGCCACAGCAACAGUGACUGGUGUAGCAGCCUCUCCCACAAUGGCAACAUCAGCAGCCACUGCUGCCUCUUCACCAGCUCCCCCAGUUCUAACAUGAGCUGAGGAAAAGAGCCAUAUGAGUCUGGUUAUGUUUGUAUUAUUCAAGCAACAGAAAUGGCAUUGAAAGGAUUUUAUGUGAGUUCUGCAUAUUUGUGCUGCUACUUCAGGGUAUAUGUUGAUAUUUAAAGUAUAUAUAGACCACCGUCUCUGCUGCUGUAGCUGGGGUAGUGAUUUACAUAUAUUUUAAACAUAUCGAGUGUGAACAAGUUGCUUCUCUGGAUAAAGGAUCCAGGUGGAGUUUCAGUUCCUUUCGAGAACUGAGUGUGCCAGAUUUGUAAGGAAUGUGGUAACAUUUUCCUGAUAAAUAAACUUCCUGUGUGUUGUAA